AUGACAACACCGAGCGCGGGCUCUUGCGCUCAAUCCUGGUUCUAUUUUGAAGGCAGUUGCUACGGCUAUUUUCGGAACCCAGUCAACUUUAAAAGCGCCUUAAAAGUCUGCCGAACGGUCAAGAAUGGAACAGCGGACUUGGUUUCAAUACACAGUGAGGCUGAGAAUGCAUUCGUCUACAACCUGUGGUUGGCCGAGGAACUAUAUCUGGGUCAGUUACUGUGGAUCGGAUACUACCAACAUGCAGAUUCGGAUCCGUUCACCUGGAUUGACGGGACACCGGACAACUACACUUCCUGGGAGCCCACUCAGCCAGACAACAAUGGAGGAAACGAGGACUGUGUCGCCUUCUGGCGCCAGAGUGCCGCUGAUGACGUAGACAAACACUGGAACGAUGUUUUCUGUGGUUCAGUUACGGCCCCAUUCGUAUGUAAGAAAGCUCCAUAA